CAAAUCCAUCCUCUACACGUCAUCAAGGUCUUUGUGCAGCAAACACAGGCAGUUAUUGCAGGCUGGAAAGGUGCACCUAAGCUCUUAUUCGGCACACGCUAUCAUCAAAGCAUCCUGUUCGUGAAGUUGCUCGCGUGAGCGCCUGUCUGCAGUAGUUAUUGUUGUCAACGCGUGAUACUUUCAGCAUGGCCUUUACGGAGGACAGUCUGAAGGCGAAGCUGUCGUCGCUCAAUGAGACACAAGAUUCCAUUUCCACAGUCGGCCAGUGGAUCCUUUUUCACAGACGACACGCCGAGCGCAUUGCAGCAGUGUGGCUGCAGCGCAUGAAGGAAUCACCACCAAACAAGAAGCUGGUUCUCAUCUACCUUGCCAAUGAAAUCACUCAGACCUCAAAGAUGCGCAAGAAAGAGGAGUUUCUCAGAGCCUACGAACCCAUCAUCGCCGAAGCCACAACAGUCGCCUACAAAGGGUCACCGCACGAGAUCCAGAACAAGAUCAGAAGAGUUGUGGAGGUCUGGAGACAGCGACAGAUCUUCAACCAGGCCGCUCAACAGAGCAUCGAGAAGGCCAUGAACGACGUCGACUCGUCCAAAUCUCUCGGUCGCAAACCUGCCCUCGGUGGAAGUCUGUUCUCGAGCUCUUCAGUGCCGGCCGAGCUCAAGCCAGUCGCUCCUUUGGCAACAUCAGUUGAAAAGGCAGACCUCACAACAAAACCAACAGUUGCGACUGCGAACCAGGAAUACGAAAAAGUCACCAACUCCAACUACACCAUCCCCUCUGCGCCCGUCCACGCCGCCGGUCUAUCAACCCUCGUCAAGAAACUCGCCGUAGCCGAAGGCGCAGUCGCAGAGAGCAUCAAAGCCCGGCACGCCCUAAUCGCGGGUCUGGAAACCCUCCUCGCAACCAACAAAGCCAAGCUCGACGCCGACACCGCCCAAGCCGCGGACCUCAAAACGCGCAAAGACGCCAUCGAGUCCCGCAAGCGCCAGGUCGAAGACGCCAUCCUGCAGGGCCUCUCCGCCAUAGAAACAAACCGCAUCUCCGCCGCGCCGCUCCCCGUCGCGUCCACCCCGCCCGCCGACCAGCACCGCCCCGACGUCGAGCAGUUCACGCCCCCGCCCAUGGAGAGCUUCACGCCCGUCGGCUCGCCGCACGGCUUCGACCCCGUUCCGGAUAUCGGCGACGACGUGCUGCCCGAGCCGGUUGCGCAUCCCGUGGUGCCUGAGACGGCGCCGGCGCCGGGCAAUGCGUCGUCGCUGCCGGACUUUGCGACGACGCUGGGCGCACCCAAUGUGGCGCAGGAUCUGCUGCGGAGUCUGCAGCAUGCGAGGCCUGGGUUCGAUGGCGCGGGGUACGGGCAGCAUGCGUAUGAGGCGGGGGUCAAGAAGCGGAAGAUGAGCAACCAGGUGGAGGACGAGUAUGCGGCGUUUGCGGGCGAUGGGGAUAUGGAGGGGAUCGAUAAUUCGCUAGGGAAUUUGAUCUAGGGGUGAAGGAUUGUGGAGCUACGACUGGGUUUGCGUCGUGAUCGAUGGGGGGCAAGCUGUUGCAAGUGUAAGAGGCGCAACACAGAAUCGUUCUGAAGGGUACGAAGUUGUGUCGUACGUGCUUCGUAGAUACCAUUAUCUUGAUAUUGUACAAUGAACAUCGAUAGGAGA